AUGACUGAAGAACAAGUUCAACCACAAGUCAACUCAGAAGAACCACAAAUUAAUCCAGAUGAACCACCUAAUUUCAAUAUUGAAUCAGAAGCUGAUGUAGAACCAUUAGUUCUUCAAUUAAAAGCUUUUCUUGAAAAACAUGAUCUUGAUGUUUCCGUUAAAUUCAAACCAAAGAAAAUGAGAGGAUCAACUUCUUUGGUUGAUGGAGAUGGACUUAAAACAGGAGAAGUUAAUAUUCCAGCAGACUUCAAAAUUACUGGUAAAGAUAAUAAUGGUAAAGAUCUUGGACAUGGAGGAGAUGAUGUAAAAGUUAAAGUAAUUGAUCCACAAGGAAAUGAAGUUCCAUGUGAAGUCAAAGACAAUGGAGAUGGAACUUAUGAUGUUGGUUAUACUCCAGUUGUUCCAGGAAUGCAUAAAAUUGAAGUUCUUGUUAAUGAUGAACCAGUAGAAAAUACACCAGUUGAUGUACUUGUCUUUGAUGAAAUUCCUGAUGCUCUUAAUUGUACUGCUGAAGGAGAAGGUUUAGAAAAUGCAGAAACAAAAACACCAGCACCAUUUAAGAUUGUUACAAGAAAUAGAGCAGGUGAACAACUCAAGAAUGGAGGACAAAAGUUCAAUGUUACUGUUCAAGGACCAACUAUUGCUGCUGAAGUUACAGUUAAAGAUAAUGAAGAUGGUACAUAUGAUUUGAAACACCAGUCACUCCACCAGAAGGAGAAAAGAUUAAUCCAGAUAAUAAGGAAAUGA